AUGGCUAACGACGGCCACGAAGGCCGCGAAGACCUCUACGUCAGCCGGACCUGCUAUGUCCAGACAGCUGAGAGCAGGUUCGGGAAAGAUGUUCUCGACGAGAUAGAGACGUUUGUCUUUGAGCUCCCACACGUAUCCAACGUCAUUGUGGAGGACGACGUCGGAAGUGAGUCUGAGGAUGAAGAAGAGGAUACUGAGAUGUACGAUGUCGAGACCUCCUCCGACUUGGGGGAGGAGACAGAUUCGAACCACGCCCAGCACGGAUUCCCUAAGAUUGCGACGACGAGGAACAAUCUGACGGCCCUCUCGCAACGGUACAAUUUGUACUUCGCAGCCUAUCAAGACAGAAUUUAUGUCUACCAGCCCCAGAGGACCGGGCCACGGAUCUUGCCCGCCCCGUCACUCAUCCUCCACCCGCCGCGAUCCCCGCUUGGGACAUCCUGUCCCGGAGCCAUCGACACAUACUUCCCGCAUCAAAUCAACCACAUAAUCGUGGGCAAUCUGGGGAAUAUGGAAAUUGUCCUGUUUGCCUACGAUGAUGGCGACGUGGCGGCUUACUACACAUAUGCGAUCGCCCACUGCAUCAAGGCUAACAGCGAUGCGGGCCGCAGCCCUGGAUCUCGCAGCCGUCAAGCAGCGCACCCGAAACUCUGCUUCCAGGACAAUGUCGGUAGCUCGGCAUGGGGACUUGCUAUCCACGAGCAAUCCCGCCUGAUUGCCGUCGGCUCGAACUUGCGCAUGGUUGUUGUGUUUGCUUUUGCACUCAGCCGCCCCUCCGCCGCCGCCGUCAAAUUCUCUACGGAUGGGAAGAAGCCCGACGAAAUAGAGCUUGAAAAGCACGUGCGAUCCAGGACUAGGACUUGGCGGAUCGUCCUACCGCUUGGCUAUGAAGGGCACAACAUCCCCAACGUCACCUUCAUGGAUGACGAAGCGGGAGAGGCAGACAAGGUUGUCGCCAUCGACAUUCGUGGCAACGUAUGGCUUCUCGACAUCUGGAAUGUGGGCCAGGCGCCCGUCCGAUGGCCAAAGGCUGUUUCAAGGGGACGUCGUACGCCAGCGGUUGUGGGCUGGGGCGUGCUGGUUCUUCCGGAUAGGUGUUUCAAGCGGACCCAGACGGUGCGCGAAUGUCUCGGGGUCCCGGGAAACGAGGUCAUUGCCGUCACGAAGCUCGAACAGACGGGUCCUGCAUUAUCGCAGAACAACACAGUUUGGCUGGAUACGACAUGUAGCCUGUAUUAUAUCCGGGAGCUGUCGCUACCCGCCGAAGCCGUGUUCCGGCGGCGCCAGAACACCGCCGAGUAUGCGGUGACCCACGCCUGCAAGUCGGUAUUCGUGGAACAAGAUCUCUCGGACUCAUGGGAGACCGAUUCCGAUUCUGAAGAUGGGGCCGUGAACCUUCCUUCAGCGCCGGACCCUUUUCACAACAAAGCGGUACCCUCCGGGUCGAAAACCGGCACCGAGAAACAGGGGCGUAAAGUACUGCCGCCCUCCACCACCGACUGCCCGUGGUAUCUCAAGUCCGGCGAUACGACAGACGGCGCCCAGAUGCUUGGAGUCAUUAAUCCCACCUCUAAGAAUGUGGCAUCGAUCGACAGCCUUGCCGGCGACGGGAUGUACCAUAAAAAGCUCGGAAGCUAUAGCCUCCGUCAGACUAGGGAUGGAAGCCAGAUCGAGUUCUCCAAAGCCGAUCUGCCGGAGCACGCCGUCAAGGAUUACUGCCUCCUCCGCACUUCCUUGACCGACAUCGAGCUCCAGCCCUUUAACAAAGACGCGCCCUGCAUCGACUGCAAGUAUGUCCUCCCGCACCACACCAACGCCCCGAGCACCCCCUGGGAUCUCCACCCGACCUACUCGGAGCGCGUGAGCAUGCUCAUCCAUAUCCCGCAGCUGAACCUGGUCGCCGCCGGCUCGCCCACCGGUCGCGUCGCCCUCAUCACGCUGACCAAGACGGCCAAGAGGCUGCACAUGACCAAACUGCGGCACGGCUUCCGCGUCGACUACGUCCUGCCCCGCAGAUCAGAGGACGACAGAAAGCUGCGGCCGGGGUGUACGUUGAUCGGCAUUGCCAUGUCGCCGGUGCCGUACCGGCCCGGAGUCGACCUCGAGCUGCGUCCGCGCGGGGAGAGGCCGUCGCCGACCAUGUACAGACUUAUCCUGCAUUAUAAGGAUCAUACGAUUCUCAUGUAUGAUAUUGCGCGGAGUGGGGAUGAUGGCAGUUUGACGGUGUUUUAA